UGAAAAGAGAAGAAAGAAGACACAACGUUUCGGCUGUGGAGCCUUCUUCGGGCGUGAGGUCUCACAAGUGCCCCACAGGCAAGGAAGGUAAAUAAGAAGCUCUAGAGCCGGGCAGGACGGGACUGCUGCUCCCCUCCGCUCCAGCAGGUGGCGCCACCGCCUCGGCUCUCCGCUGCACCGGAACAGGACAAGGACCAGCAGCGCAACAAGGAUCUUCGCUUCAAGGGGAGGAAGUGAGGCGGUUCAGGGGCUGUAGUGAAUAGUGAGAGCAGAAAGGGGAGAAAAAGGAGGAAAUCUCCGACGUGGUGGUGGAGAAGACAGAUUCUGAGAGAGGGAAUACCGGAUGCGUCGAUCACCACCCUGGUGAAUUUGGUCUCCGCGUCUUUUGGGAGGAGAAGGGACACUCUUUAAAUAGCCCUCGCCGCCCGUGUGGGGCUGUGUGGGAGAGACGGAGACGGGCUCUCGCCGAGAUGACGGCUGACUGGCUCCGCGGCGUCUGACAGCAGCAGCCCGGAGAGUGACCGGCUCUGACUCGGGGAGGGGGGGAGGAGGAGAGACGACUGCCGUCCCGGGGAAGCUGACGGCUGGCCGGCGCGUGAGGAAGACCCCGAAGACCUUGACACCGCCGCCGGUCUCGGGGGGGGGGGGCGUCGCGCGCGGGCUGAUCCGCACGCAGAGGCAGAGGGAGCUCGAGCCGCCCCGCGAGGCUCCACAUUGUUCGAGGGGGGGAGCGGAGCAGAGCGGAGGCACGCGCUGACCGUCGCCAGUAUAAAGGGCGCAGCGCUUCGGGGCGGGCAGGGGAGACGGAGCGGCUCGGUCCCGGGCUCUGCUGCUCUCGCCCCGCCGUGUCGGGGAGCACCGGCAGCCCCCGGCUCCGAAUCGUGACGGGUUCGGGAGGAAACACCCCAACAGCAGCUAUCUGGCAUAACGUCCCCCCCCCUCCUCUCCGGGGCAGCGUCCAUACUCGCCCCCUCCCUCCUCCUCCUCCCCCUCCUCCCCGCUCUCCCCUCCCCCUCGCCACCAUCUGUGUCCCGGCCGCUCGCAUUGUGCGCUCACGGUGCUGCGGGGCUUGCGGCGCGAUUUCUACGCUUUUCUUCCUGUCCGCUCGGAGCAGAGACCCGUCUGGGCGGCUUGUUCCCGGGCCCUCGUCUCGGAGAGGUACCCGGAAAGCUCCUUUGUUCAAGAGUCAAGAGCGGGGAGGUUUUUCAGCGCUUCAACUACCCCCCCCCCCUUCCUUUCCCCCGGUCUCUGUUGUGCUUCAGCGGGGCCGCGGAAGGAGGAGGAGUCCGACCUGAGAGCCCUCCGCCUGGGGAAGCGGCUGCAACGCGAAGCCGAGGCUUCUUCCGUCCCCGGGCCCCGUGGAUGUUAAUGGAUGCGGAGAGCCGAGUGCGGGAUUGGGAGAGGGAAGUGACCGCCGCGGCCGUUGUUUUCGGGAAGGGAGGCGCCAUUUCCUUCGCCUCGCCUUGAAGAGGAGCCGCGCUCGCUCCUGCUCGGUGCGCCGUCUGUCUGCGACGCCGGAGCGGCUGAGCUGCUGGUGUCGAGGGAGAAGAGAGAGAGAGGGGCCUGCUCCCCUGUUUUCUCUCCUCCACAGGCCCUCACAGACCCCCCAGUUCGGAUUUCCCUCUUCGCGGAGGGAGACUCGCCCGCGGAGCGACUCGCCUGCAGGACGCACGGCCGUUAGAGGAGGGCGAGCUCGAGCCCGGGCGCGGGCUGUCAAGCGGGUGUCCUCGCUCACCCUUGUCGCGAGCCCAGGGCACGAGCCUGCUGUCCCCCCGCGAGCCGGAAGGCGGAAGUCCUCGCCGAAGCGGACAGACAGACCGCGGGGUGGUUGUUGUUGUUGUUGUUGUUGUCGUCGUCUUCGGGGUUAAGAGACACGAACCCUGCGGGGGUGAGACAGGCUGAGCCUCGGACGGGGCGCAGAGCGAUGAGCGGCAGGUGUCGCUCGGCAGAACAGGGGAAAACCAGCGCCGAGCCCGCCGGCUGCGCCUCCUGAAAGGCCGGAGGGAGACCGCCAGGGCGAGAGGAGAGACCCCCGCGCCCCGCGAAGCGGCGGAGGCAGAGCCUGGUGCCCGGGCGUGGGCCAUGCUGAGCCCGGCCGGCUCGGGGCUCGGUGUCAGCGGAUUCGGGCUGGGCUGCGGGCAGGGCCGGCUCCCGGCGCAGUAGCGACGAGUCCUCGGCUCCUCGGCUUCGGCUCGGACCCACACGCCAGGGGCGCCUGCUCUAGUUUCGGCAGCGCGGACGGGAUGAGCCGGCAGGCGCCGUGAGAGACGGAGAGCGACACACAGACGGGACAGACGCGUUUCGGACGACAAGAGCCGAGAGCGGAUCUUCAAGGCGAGGACGCAGAGCGGAGAGCGGCCGGGGGCGCCCACGGACUGCGCCAUGGACGGGCCGGGCCGCAGCGCCGGCUACAGGCAGAGCCGGCGGUCCCGCUCGCAGCGCGACCGAGAGCGGCGCCGCCGCGCGGGUGGCGGCGGCGCCAGCAGCCGCCACAGGCCGCCGCGCCGGCGGAAGCGGGAGUCGGUGUCGUGCGAGGAGGACAUCAUCGACGGCUUCGCCAUCGCCAGCUUCGUCAGCCUGGAGGCGCUGGAGAAGGACUGCUCCCUGAAGCCCCCAGAGCGAGUGGCCCUGUGGGAGCGCAGGGGUAGCAAGAGGAAGAGGGCGGAGGAGGAAGGGCCACGGUCGGACCCCGAGGACGGGGACCCCCUCCCCCCCCGGCCCCCCGCCGCCUUCUCCCGCCACGAGGGGGCCCCCGACCGAAGAGCCAGCAAGCGCCGGAGGAAGAGAGAGGGUCCUGGGAGCCUGUUCCUGGAGACGGGCUACAUCUGCGACACAGAGAGCGACUCUGGAGACAGGGUCUCUGACGACAUGGAUCGGAUGUUCACGGUGACCACCAGGAAGGUGCCCGAGACGGCAGUGGGACCCGUGAACGGCCGCCCCUGUGACUCCUGUGGCCCUGCCCGGCUCUCGGUGACGCCCCGCGUCUCGGGGCUCCAGCGCAGCCAGGAGAGGAGCCAGGACCCGCUGCCGCCCCCCCGCGAUGCCCUGCUGCUGCUGCCGCCCGGCCCCGCGGCCCCACGCCACAGCCCCUCCCCCGCCCCGGUCCUGCCUUCCCAGCACCCCCGGCUCGGGCCCUCCCCCGCGCCCCAGCCCGCACAGCCCCAGCUCAACGGAGACGGCCGACCCCCCUCCCACGGCCCCAGCCCCCCGCAGCCCAGGAACAAGACGCCCCUGUCCUUCGGGCCCGCCCCGCAGACCGUCUACUCCUCAGGGCUGGGACUGAGCACCGUCAGGAGCAGUACUCCUGUCAAGCGACCCUCCUCCAACCCCCACUCCCAGUCCCACCGCUCCUCCACGCCAUCAUCCACUGGAAUGGCCAUCUCGCUGGGGGGGUCCGGGGCCCCUCCCUCGUCUUCCCACAGCUUUGGUGGCGCCCUGCGGCCCCCCUCGCACCCAGGGUCUGGGGGAGCUGGACUGUUCACCCCCUCCCCCGGUUUGCCUCCUCCACCACCUCUUCUUCAGGUGUCCAGCCAUCACCACAGCACUGUCCCUGCCAACACUGCUGCCUUCACAGAUCACGACUUGCUGCGUCAGGAGUUGAACUCUCGGUUUCUGAGUCACAGCGCAGAGCCUGUGGGGGUUGGGGGAGGGGGUGGAGCAGGUGGGGGCCGCGGAGGGGCUGGGGGCGGCUCGGCGUCGGGGGCGGCCCCGGGUUCAGGUGCUGGGGCGUCCCCGGCCCAGCCUGCCAUUCCCCCGCUGGCCUUCCAGUUCCACCAGCACAACCACCAGCACCAGCACACCCACACGCAUCAGCACUUCACCCCCUUCCUGACCUCCCCCGCCGCUGCGCCCCCUCUGUUCGACAAAUUCCCAGGGAAGAUGGAGGGGCUGUACCGACACAGUUUCUACCCCAACUACCCCCACUCUGUGCCUGGGAUCCAGCCUGUACUGCCUGGACCAUUCAGCUCACUGCAGGGAGCCUUCCAGCCAAAGGCUACCAAUCCAGAGAUGGCAGCUCGACUAGGGGCGGUGCCUCACGCCCUGCAGCCCAAAGACCCCCGGGUGAGUGACAGUGUUUCUGGUGUGUAUGUCCUCAGUCACUGUUGGUGCACAGUGAACAGGUGUGUGUGUGUGUGUUUGUGCAGUCUUGAACAGAAGCCGGGCAAGUGGUGUGCAAUGCAUGUAAGAGUAGCUUGGAUGAUCCUGAGACACCAGGAGAAAGUCAAGAUGAUGCAGGGGGACCCUCACAAGCUGGACUUCCGCACUGACCUGCUGGCCAGGAUGCCCGGGGCCAGCUCUCUGCCCACCUCUCACCAGCUGGCACGCCCCGCCUCUCUCUUCUCUGCGGCUGGUGCAGUUCACCCCAGCUCCUCUCCGUUUGUUCCCCCCUCGGGACCUCACUCCUCUUUCCUGGCCCCAGCAACCCACCUAGAUCCCUUUGGUCGCUCCCAGGCUUUCACACCUCUGGGAGCUCUGGGUAAUGGGGCGUUUGGCGGCUUGGGCAGCCCCACACUGGGAGCUGGCUCCGUGUUCGGGCACAAGGACUCCCCGGGCGGGGUGACAGGAGGCUUCGGCAGCCCUCACGACACCUGGAACCGCCUGCACCGCACCCCCCCCUCCUUCCCCACCGCCCCCGCCUGGAGCAAGGGGUCCGAGAGCGAGCGCGACAGGGACGCCCCCCUCAUCAAGGAUGAGAAGGACCGUGACAGCGCUGCCUAUGGCCGCCACCCUGUCCGGAUGUCUCCCGCCCACAAGCCGGCGCCUGCGUCCCAUAGCAACGGCCACGGCAGCCACGGGCCAGGAGGAGGCCCGGACAGCGACGCCGCCCCGCGAGCGCGGAGCCGCGAGCCCAGCCGGGACCGGGACCACGAGAGGGAGAGGGAGAGGGAGAGGACCCGGGACAGGGAGAGAGACAGCCGGCAGGCCCCCGCAGCCCCCAGGAGCUCCUCGCUGGCGCCGGAGAGACCCCGCUCCUCCUCCUCGGCCUCCUCCUGCGCCCCCACCCCGGCCGGCGAGUCCUCGCGGCCCUCCCACACCCCCCCGGCCCGGCCCGAGGAGGCGGCGGCCCGCUCGUCCAGGGAGAACGGCUGCGCCCCAAACCCCCCUCCCGCGGACCGUAAGCCCAGCACCCCGGACCUGCUGCUGCCCCCCCAGCUGAAGAAGACGCCCGACGGUGCCCCGCCCGCCUCCCACGUGAAGGUGAAGGAGGAGCGCAAGGAGGAGCCGGAGCCCGUCCCAAUCUCCCUGCCCCCGCCCCCGCCGCCGCACGCCUUCGAGAGGCCCAGCAGCCGCCCGCACCCCUCCGCCCUGCACCCCCCGCUGGCCCCAGGGCCGCCGCUGGGGCCCCCCGCCUUCCCCGCGCUGGGCUCCCUGUCGCUGCUGGAGCGCACACGCAUGCUGGACUACCUGGGCGGGCCGGUGCCGGUGCUGGCGGGCCUGCUGACCAAGACCCCGCCCGGGCUGGUGGGGCCCCUGGGCGCCGGCCCCCCGCCGCCCCUCAUCCCCACCGUGGCCCCCAGCAGGGCCUCCGCCUCCCCCCGCAGCUCCCGGAUGGGGGGUCCCCCGGUCGAGCUGGCCAUGUACGGUGCCCACAAGGACCGGGACUCCAGAUAG